AUGGAAGUUGCGAACUUGCGAAAGGCCUAUACCUAUCAGUACCAUGGAUCAUAAAACAGUACUGCACCAGUUCUGAGGAUGUUGCCCUUGCCCUAAACAACGACCUCCUCAGACACAGUUUGUCUACUACUAGCCUAUAUGCCUCAUCUAAACAUUCACUGUCUGAAGGAAACUAUUCAGUUAUAUGCGAGUAACUACAUACUCUAUUUCUUCUGCUUGUGCUUUUGUGGAGCUUCUAGGACCCCCAUGCUAUUGCGCUGCUUCACUCAAGAUGGCGGUUUAUAGACUGGCUUAUCAGGCAUCAGAUCGCUUCCUUAUGGCAAGAUGUCAGGUUUUCAUUGCCUCUGUAACACCCACCCUGAAACACUCAAAUUAUGGACUGCUUCAGAAAGGUGAUAUGGCAUGAACAUUGCGGUUGUCCCUUUAAUAAGUUAAAGCAGAUGAAGAGCAGAGCACUCUGGGAGCGGUAGCCUUGAGCAUGCUGGGAUUUGUAGUUUUAUAGCUGUCACCGAUAGUCGCUGGCCUCUACUAUAACUACACUGUAAGGACACUUCUGACAUUCAAAGGGCCUGAUGAUAUAAAAACGGCUUCGCUCUGGAGGCCCUUGAUUUUAAAACAUUAAUCUACUCAGAAAAAGACCAACAUGAACACUACAUUAAAGCACUGGAAAGAAGCUGCAACCCUGAUUUUAGUAGCAGGAACUCAACAUGGGAAUAUUCAGAAAGUUCAGGAUUUACCUCAGAAAAUCUUGUGGCGUAAUCUGAAGAAAAGUUCUUUUGACUAUGAAAUUCUGUUACUGAAACGCAGUCAAAAGAGUGGGUUCAUGCCAAAUGCUUUUGUCUUUCCUGGUGGCCUUGUUGAACCUUCAGAUUUUUCGAAUGACUGGAUUAAAGUGUUUGAUAGUUAUAAGAAUAAACCCAACUUUGGCCUAGGUUUGGUAAAGCAGCAUCAUAGCAGUCGAUCUCCAAUGUUUUUAACAGACAGGUCAGAGUUCGGUUCCCAAAUUCCUGGGGAAGUUGCUUUUCGUAUCUGUGCAAUCAGAGAGACCUUUGAAGAGUCUGGUAUUUUGUUAGUUGUGCCUGAAAAUACCAAACCUGAAGAAAGCCAGACCCUCAUGGAAGCUUGCAAUUCAGACGAAGAAAUACUCAACAAGUGGAGACUGGAGGUUCAGAAAAAUCCAUUCAAGUUUAUUCAGCUGUGUGAGGAAAUGCGUUGUCUUCCAAAUAUCUGGGCACUUCAUGAAUGGGGGAACUGGCUGACACCCGUUCUUUCAAAUAAUUCAAAAGGCAGGCGUUACGAUACAGCUUUUUUCAUUUGCUGUUUAUCAAAGAAGCCCACAACUUCAGAUGAUCAGAAGGAAGUCUCACUUUUCAAGUGGUGGACACCUCCAGAUGCUCUAGAACAAGACCAGUCGCUUAAAGUCUGGAUCCCACCUCCUCAGUUCUAUGAGAUAAGCAAACUGUGCAACCUGGCUUCCCUUGAUGUCCUGCACAGGUUUAGUCGUGAUCGUGCCUUGCAGGGCUGUGAGCGGUGGAUGCCAGUUCUAGUACAUGCAGAGGAUGGCAUGGUUCAUACAUUACCAGGAGAUGACCUCUACCCAGAAGAUCCAGACUGUACAGGAAAUAGACCACUACUCACUACUGACAAGAAGGUUCAAGAUCUUACCAAAAAGGGAGGCAAUUUCAACCGGCUACUAAUACAGGAUGGAGUUCCAACCUUACAAGUUAACUCAAAACCAAAAUAUAAGCAUUUCAAUCCAGUUGUAAUUGAUACAUAUCAUAGUAAAGAACCAAAGAGCAAGUUAUAACAAAAAUGUAUGUUUUUUUUAAUAAAAACAAUACAAAUAUUUAACAAUUAUUUCAUUUAAUAUUUUAGCUAAUAAAUGAGCCUACUUGAUUUUCCAUCUCUGUACAAUUUUUUUUUUACAUUGGAAAAUAAAGUUUAUCGAUAUAA